ACUUUUCGCUGAAGAUAAGGCCAAACCUUUCCUUGUUAAAUACUCUCUAAAAUCAUUCUAAUCUGAAACCAGCUCUGCUGCCACAACCCUUUCAGUGUCCAAGAAAGUGAAAAACUCCAAGUAGGAGUUUUCACAUUAAAGAAGAAGAAUCAGUUAUGAUCUGUAUAGAUUGUUAGCUGAAAAGGAAAAUGGGUUUCAGAGUAAUAGGAUUUUCUCUUCUUAUCAUCAUCUAUGUCAUCAAUCUUGCAUCUUCGUAUCCUAUUCGGAAGACCUUGCCUUCAGAGUUUGAGAGCAAGUUAGAAGAUAAGGGAAUACAUGAAAGUAAGAUCGAAGGAGCCGCAAGUCAUGGAGGUGGAGGUGGUCAUGGUGGCCGCUCACACGGAGAUGGAAAUUCAGGAUCUCCUGAUACACGAGGAGGUGGAGCAGUAAUACCUGUGUAUGCAGGAGGUGCUUCAAGAAAUCGCCAACAUCAGACCCGUCGUGGUGCUGCCAACUGCAACCUUAACAACAAAAUUUCCAAUAUGCUUAUGAUUACCUUGGUCUAUCCUCUCAUACUGAUAUUUUUGUUGAUAUAGAAAGCAGAAAAACAGUUCGUUGUAUAUGAUGUAACAGCUGCCACAGGUUCAUUUCAACGAUAGUGUGGUCUGUGUUGAUCUAAUUAUGUAUUUUGUUCAGUUUGUGUUUGUGUUAAAAUAUGCAGAAUGUAUCAGUUGCUGCUGAAUAAGAAUUUUCUUUUGGAU